AUGCAUCGACCAAAUGCCGGCGGUUCUUUUUCUAUCGAAUCUCUUAUUGCACCCACGUCUAGUCCUCGUUUCGGACCGAUGAUGUGUAAUGGCUAUCUUUUUAUGCCUCCAUCGGGAAUCCCUCAGACACCCAUGUCACCUAACAUGUUAUCACCAGAAUCUAUGGCAUAUCAGAUGCAAUCUUAUGCUCAGAGUCAAUUUAUUCGCGGACAGCUUGCUGCAGCUAAUAGUGCAUCGUUUAGGAAUCAUUUGCAUCUCUCUGGAUUAGCUGCAAUGCUUCCCUAUUCAGGAGCGAAAUCUUUGGACUCCAAAUUAACUCCAAUGUCUGGUGACAUCGGCUUGGAUUCGCACGUGCAGAAUCGGUCCCCCGAGACCUCUGGUUCCGAAUCUCCUGAAACCAGUCCUGUUCCACGAAUGUUCCAGGAAGACGCAUCCAGCAGAUGUCCACCAUAUUUCUCAGAUCACUCAGCCGAGUCAAAACAGUAUGAUGUUACACAACCGGAAGUAGACACUGAUACUGACGAUAUGGACAUAAUAGAUGAAGAACUGGACGAUGAACGGAUGUUACAAGUGGAUGCAGACUCUGCGAACAAACACUCUGAAUCUGUUGACAUGGUCAAAGACACUAUCACCACUAAUGUGAAAAUGCGGCGACGAAGGACUGCGUUUACUAGCGAACAGUUAUUAGAACUGGAGAAAGAAUUCCACAGUAAAAAAUAUCUCUCACUCACGGAGAGGUCUCAAAUCGCACAUAAUUUAAAACUUAGUGAAGUACAGGUGAAAAUUUGGUUUCAGAAUCGGAGAGCAAAAUGGAAGAGAGUGAAGGCUGGCAUGAUUCAUGGUCGCGCUCCAAGUGAAAUUUCUGGAAAACCGAAAAUAAUUGUUCCGAUCCCAGUUCAUGUAAAUAGAAUAGCGAUUCGAAGUCAGCAUCAACAAAUUGAGAAAACGAUACGGCAAACACAAUAA